CACUCACAAUAGCGGAACGGGUUUGUCUGCUAACUUAGCUUUCCUAUAAGAGUCAGAAACACCUGCUGCUGCUUAGUUGGUUCAGAAAAGGAGGGCAGGUUGCUCACUGUUGACUCAGUACCGGGAGAAGGCAGAACAGGCAGAGAUGGCUGCAACUACUGCUCAGCCUAUGGGGAGCCUGCCCAGCGGACUGGAGAUAUGCACCACGGCCCCGGAUAUAUUUUACCUGCCUGAAAUGGUGUUUGGUGGGUUGGUUUGGAUCCUGGUGGCGUCGACCCACGUGGAUCCACCGAACCCUCUGGGCUGGGUGAUGUUUGUCUCCGUCUUCUGCUUCGUCAUGACUUUCCUCUGGAUGAUCAUCUUCGUCGCUGGAGGUCACAAGAACAGCUCCGGCUGGGCUGCUGCUGAUUUUGCUUACCACGGCCUGGCGGCGUUCUUCUACCUCAGUGCAGGGGUUGAUUUGGCUUACAUCACAAUGCUGAAGAAGUACGGCGUUUUAAGAAUAUACCAGAUUGACAUCGCUGCUGUGGUAUUUGCUUUCGUGGCCACACUCCUCUACUUCAUCCACACCAUCCUCUCCGCCAUCCGAUGGAAAAACUUCUGAAGAGCGACCCGUGUGAAGAAAGUGCUGUGUGCAUCCUGUAUGUGUGUUUAUGUAUGUGUGUAUGUUUGCGUGUACGUGUGGUGACAUCAACCUGGCCGGAUUCGUGAAGGUUUUUAAGCCUCGUUAUUGGAACAUUUAAUAAUGUUAAGUGAAGGUUGAGCGGGUGGGGGAUUUUUUUAAAGAAGUACCAUCCAAUAAAAUGAUGAAUAUGAGAAUGAAUAAUGAAAGUAAACGAAGAGUUUUACCCUACAAAUAUCACAUGUUCCUAUGAAAUGUUGUGUUAGGCACAAGAUCAAUAUAUGAACCACUUAUCAUUCUUUAGCCACUGAUCAUUUAUUAACCUACAUAAGAGGUCUCAUACUUUUAGUCUUUUUAGAGGACCAUGGAAUUUGGAACAAAAUUAUCACUAGCAUUAAAUAAAAUCUCUAAUUUUACGUUUCCUCGUACUAUCAUCCACGUUGAGCCUUAAACAGAUAUAUUUUUUUAUACUGGAUUUUGUUGCGUAAUAAUACAUAUAUUUUAAUAAAUGAAUCAAAAGGACACAAGGAAACAGAAAAGCAAGAGUGCAAGUGCUUUGGAUCGAUCCAACUCCAUCAUGUUUGUCCCUUCAAUAUGAAGUUACAGCUGACAGCUGGUUAGCUUAGAUCACCAAAAUAAAACAAACAAGAACAAAACAUAUUCUAGACUGCUAGUGCCAAUGUGGUUAGCCUCGGAUUUAUCGGGACUAUUUCUUGGACCCGAAAGUAGGUUUAUCCACUGUAACCAUUGACAUUGUUUCUGAAAAGACAAAUUACCGCUUGAUUUUCUUUCUUUUUUUUUUAAUGUUUCGAGCACCACAAAUGAAACCCCAUUCACCGCUAUUGUAUUGUUUUUGCAUUGGCAAAAAAAUGUUAUUUUUUUGUGAUUCGGGUGAACUCUAUUAUAUGAAUGAAAUUUAAAACCUGUUUUGUUACUUGAUAUUUGCCUCUUGCUGCCAUCAGAGCGUUCAUCUUCCCUUUGUGAUCUGUGAACAGGCUGAAAGGCGUUUGUGGAAGUCGUAAAAAAACAUCUCUCACUGAUUUUUUUUAGAAUUCUUUUGUCAUACUGAAUUAAUGCCAAGAAAUCAUCAGUACAUAAAGGAUGGUGAGUUGUAUUUUUUUGUUUUUUUUAGGUAUAAGACCUCCAGCUGAAAUUUGUAUAGUUUUGCCAUUUUUGUAUUCUCAAGAUUAAAACAAGAUAUAGAUGUCAA